AUGGGUAAGAAGAAGGUCCUAGUUUGCUAUGGUGUGGAUAUUGACGCCGUUGCUGGUUGGCUGGGAUCAUAUGGAGGCGAAGAUAGCACAAGUGAUAUUAGCAGAGGUAUCUGGGCUGGUACACAUGGUACCAGGCGCCUAUUGAAGCUCUUCGAAAAGUACAACAUCAAAGCCUCAUGGUUCAUCCCUGGCCACACCCUGGAAACCUUCCCCGAGGAGUGUGCCAUGGUCCGAGAUGCGGGUCAUGAGAUCGGCCUAAACUUUGAUAAGCUGCAUGGGUACAGCCACGAGAACCCCGUAGACAUGACUUUCGAGCAGCAGAAAGAUGUUCUACAUAAAACUUGGAAGUUGCUCACUGACUUCUGUGGAAAGCCGCCUCGUGGAAGUGUGGCACCCUGGUGGGAGACAAGUGAGGAAGGAACUGAGCUGAUGCUUAGUUAUGGCAUUGAGUAUGACCACUCCAUGUCUCACCAUGACUGUCAAGCAUACUGGCUACGCACUGGUGAUUCUUGGACCAAGAUUGACUACACUAAGAAGGCCGAGGAGUGGAUGAAGCCAUUGAAGCAAGGGAAGGAGACUGGCAUGGUUGAGAUUCCUGGGUCAUGGUAUAUUGACGAUCUACCCCCGAUGAUGUUCAUUAAAAACUCGGCAAACUCACAUGGAUGGGUAAACCCUCGAGAUGUUGAGGAUAUCUGGAGGGACCACUUCGACUACUUCUACCGAGAAUAUGAUGAGUUUAUAUUCCCAAUGACUAUUCACCCUGAUGUGUCUGGUCGACCCCACGUCCUCUUGAUGCAUGAGCGUAUUAUUGAGCAUAUCAACAAGCAUGAAGGCGUGGAAUGGGUAACAAUGGCAGAGAUGAGCGACUAUUUCAAGAGCAAAAACCCGGCACCAGAGGGCGCUUUGAUGCCGGCUAGCAGAGAAGAGGUUAUGAAGCGAUUCCAAGAUUCAUGA